CUCAGGUGGAAACACGUCAAGAAUACAGUCUAACCUCAUGGACAUCAAUAAGAAACGGAAUAACCAAAAAGUGUGCUGUUGAAGAGAUUGUGAGCUGACCAUUACAUCUGCCAUAGAAUGAAGUUUCCAGUCAUCUGUGUGGCUCAGCUGCUGCUCCUGGCACUGUUUAGCUGGGGCGAGGAGGAAUUUCAGUGGACACAGACUGAUCGGGGAUCCUUUUAUUACAGCACUUUCCCACCCACUUUCACAUGGGGAGUGGGCAGCUCUGCAUACCAAACUGAAGGUGCCUGGGACAAGGAUGGAAAAGGACAGAGUAUUUGGGAUGUGUUCACCCAUAAAAAGGGAAGAACGUUCAGGAACCAGACUGCAGAUUCCUCAUGUGAUGGGUAUUAUAAAGUCAAGGAGGACAUAGAAUUGCUAAAGGAACUGAAAGUUUCUCAUUACCGUCUUUCUAUUUCUUGGCCUCGUUUAAUUCCUACUGGCAUUAAAGCUGAAAGUGUUAAUGAGAAGGGAAUAAAAUACUACAGUGAUUUAAUGAAUGUUCUUCUGGGAAAUAACAUCACACCAGUCGUCACCUUAUAUCACUGGGACUUGCCACAGCCCCUACAGGAGAAGUUUGGGGGCUGGCAGAACAUCACCAUGAUCACUUACUUUAAUGAUUAUGCCAACUUGUGCUUUGAGAAAUUUGGUGACCGAGUGAAACACUGGAUCACAUUCAACAAUCCCUGGUCAGUCGCUGUUGAAGGAUAUGAGACCGGAGAACAUGCACCAGGCAUGAAGCUAAGAGGCACUGGAGUAUAUAAGGCUGCCCACCACAUCAUUAAGGCACAUGCCAAAGUAUGGCACAGUUAUAACAAGCACUGGCGCAGCAGACAGAAAGGAUUUAUAGGGAUCUCGCUGACUACAGAGUGGGGAGAACCAGUGGACAUCUCUAGCCAGAAGGACAUUGAGGCUGCAGAAAGAUUUGUGCAAUUUAAUUUUGGAUGGUUUGCAAAUCCUCUUUACAAUGGAGAUUACCCACAGAUCAUGAAAGAAUAUAUAGGUCAGAAGAGCGCACAGCAGGGUCUGGGGUUGUCAAGGCUUCCUAUCUUUACCUCUCAAGAAAAGGCUUUCAUUAAAGGUACAAGUGACUUUCUUGGGGUAGGUCACUUUACUACCAGAUAUAUCACAAGCAGAAACUUCCCAUCCACACAGGGGCCAAGUUACUUCACAGAUCGAGACCUGUCAGAGCUGGUAGACCCCAGGUGGCCUGAGCCAGAGUCAAAGUGGCUGUAUUCUGUCCCAUGGGGCUUCCGGAGACUGCUCAAUUUUAUAAAGACCCAGUAUGGAAACCCAAUGGUGAUAGUAACAGAAAAUGGAGUAUCAGAGAAAAUGCAGUGUGCCGAGCUGUGCGAUGAAUGGAGAAUACAGUACCUCAAAGGUUACAUCAACGAGAUGUUGAAAGCUAUAAAGGAUGGCGUUCACAUCCAGGGGUACACAGCUUGGUCACUACUUGAUAAGUUUGAGUGGGAUGAAGGAUUCUCAGAGAGAUUUGGACUGUAUUAUGUUGAAUUCGAGAGCAAAAGCAAACCACGUUAUCCAAAGGCAUCUGUACAGUUCUAUAAAAAAAUCAUUCGAGCCAAUGGAUUCCCAAAUCUCAGAGAGGUGGAAAACUGGCACCGUAUAUCUACUGAGACAUGUUCUACUACCAACCAACUCCUAGCUGCAGACCCACUGAUCACCCACAUGGAGAUGGUGACUGAGAUCGUGGUGCCUACAGUUUUCACAUUGUGUAUUCUCAUCAGCGCUGUGCUUUUGAUGAUCCUUUUGCGCAGAAAGCAAUAGGACUAAGAACGUGGUACACCGAUAAAAUCACCAU